CUUCUCAAAUUUCCCCCAAAUUCUUUCAUUCUUUCUCUCUUUAUCCCCCUCUCCGGACGCUAAUCGACCGGUAAAUAGUUUUUGCUGCUGUUCCGCCGUCCGCCGGCGCGUGUUUGUUACCCGCGACGGCCUAGUGAGUACGAUUGCUAACGUGCUAACGUUUAUGGAAUGAAGAAUAGGACUUUGGUUUGAGGUUACAGUCAGAAUGGCCUUUUUUAGAAACUAUGCUAAUGGUACAGUUUCAGACGAUGUUUUAAAUGACAAGAGCCAGGGUAGAACUAUAGAAAGAGCUGAGAGCAUUGUAGGGUUUGCAACAAAGAUGGAAGAUGAGGAUGAUAAUAGCUUAUUGAAUUUAACAGCUUCUAAUGCUACUACAACAAGGAAAACAACUGGGAGAUGGGGCUCAACAUUUUGGAAGGACUGUCAACCCAUGCAUCAGACAGAGGAAUCAAAAAGCAGUUCUGCUUACAACAAUGAAAACGGAUCUGGCAAUGAUUUGUCAGAAGUGGAUAAGGCAAAUAAGGGUCAAAAUGUGGAUGAGAUGUUGUCUGAUGAUUACUACGAGUUAGAUGGAGAUGACCAAAGUGAUUCAAAGCUGUUAAAUAAUGCAGUUGCAGGUGGUUAUAAUUCAAUGCCACAACGGGGAGUUUCUGCCAAUAACUUCAAGUCAAAAGAUUCAUCUCGGGGUGCAUACGUAGAAGAAGAUGCUGAUUUUGAAGAUGAUGAUGAUGAGGAAGAAGAUGAAGAUGACCCUGCUGAUGCAGAUUUUGAUCCUAACUUAGUCACCACAAGUGUUGGAAGAGGGAAGAAGGUGCAUGAUGAUGAUGACUGGGAUGCUGAGCAUUUGGAUGAAGAAGAUAACUCUGAGGACAAUGAAAUAGACAUUUCAGAAGAUGAUUUUUAUAAAAAACCAAGUGGUAUACAAAGGCAGAAGCGAAAGUCUAGUAGAGAACCCAAACCUUCUACUUCUACAUCUUUUGGCAGGAGGAAAAGAGGGAGAGCUUCAUUUGAUGAAGAUGGCUCAUCUCCAGAUGAUGAUUUAGAAGAGGACUUCAAAAGUACAAGAAGGAAAAGUACAAAAGCUUCCGGAAGGAUGAAUGAAGUUAGAACUUCUACUAGAUCAGUGCGGAAAGUAUCAUAUGUUGAAAGUGAAAGUGAGGAGCAUGAUGAUGAUAUCAAGAGAAAAGGCCACAAGGAGGACAUGGAGGAGGAAGAUGGUGAUUCGAUUGAGAAGGUGCUAUGGCAUCAACCAAAGGGCAUGGCAGAAGAAGCUGCACAAACCAACAAAUCUACAGAGCCUUUACUGUUGAAUCAUUUAUUUGACUCAGAGCCAGAUUGGAACAAUACUGAGUUUUUUAUCAAGUGGAAAGGCCACUCACAUUUGCAUUGUCAAUGGAAAUCGUUUUCUGAACUACAAAAUCUGAGUGGCUUUAAAAAGGUUAUAAACUACACUAAGAAAGUUAUGGAGGAUAUAAGGCACAGGAGAACAGUAUCUCGUGAGGAGAUCGAGGUCAUUGAUGUUAGCAAGGAGAUGGAUCUGGAUCUUAUCAAGCAGAAUUGUCAGGUUGAGAGAAUAAUUGCUGAUAGAAUUGGAAAAAGUUCAGAAGUGCCAGAGUAUUUGGUUAAGUGGCAAGGACUCUCCUAUGCUGAAGCAACAUGGGAGAAGAUUGAUGAUAUUGCUUUUGCACAAGCAGCAAUUGAUGAAUACAAGGCUCGAGAAGCUGCAAUUGCAGCUGCACAUGGAAAAAUGGUAGAUUUCCAAAGAAGAAAGAGUAAAGCAAGUUUGAGAAAACUUGAUGAACAACCCGAUUGGUUAAAAGGUGGGAAACUAAGAGAUUAUCAACUUGAGGGCUUGAAUUUUCUUGUUAAUAGUUGGAGAAACGAUACAAAUGUCAUAUUAGCUGAUGAAAUGGGUCUUGGAAAAACAGUUCAGUCUGUUUCUAUGCUUGGUUUCUUACAGAACUCACAACAAAUUCAUGGACCCUUUCUUGUUGUUGUUCCUCUAUCAACUUUGUCAAAUUGGGCUAAAGAAUUCAGAAAGUGGCUUCCUGAUAUGAACAUGAUUGUAUAUGUUGGGACUCGUGCUAGCCGAGAGGUUUGUCAGCAGUAUGAGUUUUUCUCUGAUAAGAACACGAACACAAACAGUGGUGUCACUACUAAGUUUGAUGCACUAUUGACUACAUAUGAAGUUAUAUUAAAGGACAAGAUGGUUUUAUCAACAAUUAAGUGGAACUAUCUUAUGGUCGAUGAAGCACAUAGAUUGAAAAACAGUGAAGCUUCAUUAUAUACAUCACUCAAGGAAUUCAGCACGAAAAACAAGCUUCUUAUUACUGGGACUCCCUUGCAAAACAGCGUUGAAGAACUAUGGGCGUUGCUUCACUUUCUGGACUCUGAUAAAUUCAAUAGCAAGGAUGAAUUUGUUCAAAACUACAAGAACCUCAGCUCAUUCAAUGAGAUUGAGCUUGCGAAUCUUCAUAUGGAGUUGAGGCCCCACAUUCUGCGAAGAGUUAUAAAGGACGUGGAGAAGUCCUUGCCCCCAAAGAUUGAGCGUGUUCUCCGUGUUGAAAUGUCCCCUCUACAAAAACAGUAUUACAAAUGGAUUCUUGAACGCAACUUUCAUGACCUCAACAAAGGUGUACGUGGAAAUCAGGUUUCCCUUUUGAACAUUGUGGCGGAGUUAAAAAAAUGCUGUAAUCAUCCAUUCCUGUUUGAAAGUGCUGACCAUGGUUAUGGUUAUGGUGGAGACUCUGGUAUUAGUGGCAGCAGUAAACUGGAGAGGGUAAUUCUUAGCAGUGGAAAGCUAGUUAUUCUUGACAAGCUUCUUGAUAGACUUCAUCAGACAAAUCACAGGGUUCUAAUAUUUUCACAAAUGGUUAAGAUGUUGGAUAUUCUAGCAGAAUACCUAUCAAUAAAAGGGUUCAAGUAUCAGAGACUUGAUGGAAGCACAAAGGCUGAGGCAAGACAUCAAGCUAUGGAGCAUUUUAAUGCAACUGGAAGUGAUGAUUUCUGCUUCCUUCUUUCUACUCGUGCUGGUGGUUUAGGUAUCAACCUUGCAACAGCAGACACAGUUAUCAUUUUUGACUCUGACUGGAAUCCUCAAAAUGAUCUCCAGGCAAUGAGCAGAGCUCAUAGAAUCGGACAACAGGAGGUUGUUAAUAUUUAUAGGUUUGUGACAAGCAAGAGUGUUGAGGAAGACAUCUUGGAACGUGCAAAAAAGAAAAUGGUACUUGACCAUUUGGUUAUUCAGAAACUAAAUGCAGAGGGAAGAUUGGAGAAGAAAGAAGCGAAAAAAGGGAGUGCAUUUGACAAGGUAUUGUAUUGA